CGCAUGCGCGAAUCGCCAUGUUGCCAUAAGAAGCAGUAGCACCGAGUCGCGGAGGCGCCUGAAUUUAGUGGUGAGAGCGGCUGCAUUUAACGGGUCUUGAGUUCGUUUGAAGCGUGAGUCGAGCGCAUAGCAUCGUUGCGAAACCACUGCUGAGAUAUGUUGUUUUAAAAUCAGUCAACCUGCUGGCAGCUUCUCUUUCGGGAGAAGACGAAGAAACAUCGCGACGCCCGUGAGUCGAGCCGGAGACGGAGGUACGAGGACGGGAGGGGGAUUUGAACCUGAGCGGGCCGGUCGGAGGUAACUUUGGAAAAUAUCGACUGGAGGGACCCUCUGAGCUGUGUGCUUGGAGACGGCAGCGGACGGGUGCCCAGCAUUUCCCGCUCUCCAUCAGAGCGCUCGCUCUCUGUGUCACGGGGAGCUACCGUCAUUACAUUCCCACCUCACGGACCUUUUUCCCAGAGGCCCGAAAACCCCUGAGACUCUGAGCCAAAGACUGGCACUCCGCCUCUAACCGAGGGAAACCUCCAAGGCACUGGCAAGUCCUGCACCUCCUCUCCGGCGGCCCUCACGAUGUCGAUCACCAACACGCCCACGAGCAACGACGCCUGCCUCAGCAUCGUGCACAGCCUGAUGUGCCACAGGCAGGGUGGCGAGAGCGAGACCUUCGCCAAGCGCGCCAUCGAGAGCCUGGUGAAGAAGCUGAAGGAGAAGAAGGAUGAGCUGGACUCCCUGAUCACGGCCAUCACUACCAACGGGGCGCAUCCCAGCAAGUGCGUCACCAUCCAGCGCACCCUGGACGGACGCCUUCAGGUGGCUGGCCGUAAGGGCUUUCCCCACGUCAUCUACGCCCGCCUCUGGCGCUGGCCGGACCUGCACAAGAACGAGCUGAAACAUGUGAAGUACUGCCAGUUUGCCUUCGACCUGAAGUGCGACAGUGUCUGCGUGAAUCCCUACCACUACGAGAGGGUGGUAUCGCCAGGUAUCGACCUCUCUGGAUUGACUCUGGGCACCUCUGCUCCAUCCGGACUGAUGGUAAAGGACGAGACUGAAUAUGAUGGACAGCCUUUGCUGCCCAACAUGGACGGUCACUCCAUCCAGACUAUCCAGCAUCCGCCCUCCAGUAGGACCGCACCUUCAGAGCCCUUCGCUGCCUCCUCCCUGCUGCCCCCGUCCGAUGCCGGCAGCUCCGCGGCCACUUCCUCCUUUCCCGUCGGCUCUGCAACUCAGCCCAGCAGUCUACUCCCAGGCAGCCACAGUGAGGGGCUGAUCCCGAUGGCCCCUGGGACAGCACAGGGCACUCAGCAGAACGGCUUCCCGCCCGCUCCACCUGCCACAUAUCAUCACAAUCCCACCUCCCCCUGGACAAGGAACGGCAGCUUCACACCCAACAUGAGUCACCACCCGAAUGGGCACCUGCAGCACCACCCGCCAAUGGCCCACCCGAGCCACUACUGGUCAGUGCACAAUGAGAUAGCAUUCCAGCCCCCUAUAUCCAACCAUCCAGCUCCAGACUACUGGUGCUCCAUUGCCUAUUUCGAGAUGGACGUGCAGGUGGGUGAGACGUUCAAGGUGCCUUCAACCUGCCCCAUUGUGACGGUGGAUGGGUACGUGGACCCCUCCGGGGGGGACCGCUUCUGCCUGGGCCAGCUAAGCAACGUGCACCGGACCGAGGCCAUCGAGAGAGCCAGGCUCCACAUCGGCAAGGGGGUGCAGCUGGAGUGCAAAGGUGAGGGCGACGUGUGGGUCCGCUGCCUGAGCGACCACGCAGUUUUCGUGCAGAGCUACUACCUGGAUCGGGAGGCUGGGCGAGCCCCCGGCGACGCCGUGCACAAGAUCUACCCCAGCGCCUAUAUCAAGGUGUUCGACUUGCGCCAGUGCCAUCGGCAGAUGCAGCAGCAGGCGGCGACCGCGCAGGCCGCAGCUGCGGCGCAGGCUGCUGCGGUGGCCGGGAACAUUCCGGGGCCCGGGUCCGUCGGAGGCAUCGCCCCCGCCAUCAGCUUGUCGGCCGCAGCCGGAAUCGGCGUGGAUGACCUCCGUCGGCUGUGCAUCUUGCGCAUGAGCUUUGUGAAGGGCUGGGGACCCGACUACCCCCGGCAGAGCAUCAAGGAGACGCCCUGCUGGAUCGAGAUCCACCUGCACCGAGCUCUGCAGCUCCUGGAUGAGGUUCUGCACACCAUGCCAAUAGCUGACCCACAGCCGCUGGAUUGAGCCAGUAGGGGGAGCAGUGGAACAGGAAGGAAGCCCCCCACUAUCUGAACCACAUUGAGGACGCAAGGACUUCCGGGUCACUUUGUCCUUUUGUGUUUAGCGCCCUGCCAUUUUUUUUCCCCGCCUCUCAUUCCCCUUUCAAAACACCACUGGGAGGGGCUGUUGCAAUUGCAACCAGAGAUAGUUGCAUGUUAUCAAUUUUUUUCCCUCCUGUGUGUAUAUUCUAAUAAUUGAGAACAUCUACUCUUUAGCACUUUCCUUUUAUUUUAUAUAAAAUCCCCCUGAUGGCUUCUUCGGAUGGUUUGGAGGUUAAGGGUUUUGCUGCCAGGAGUUCCCCAUCUCUCAUCCAUGCACGUUCAUACGUAGUCACACCUUGUAGCAUAUGACUUAUUUUAACACUAAGACAUGUUUUUUUUUCCCUUUCAUUUAAAUAUGUCGUCUCCCCCCAACCCCCUUCGGUGAAUUAGUCCUCUUUUGUUUUUUGUAAAUACUGUCAUUUUUGCUUCUCUUUUAAAUGCAUGUCAUUUUUAGUACAAGUACAUAGUAUUAACCCCUUCUGCUUCAGUCCUCGCCAGUCGCAGCGGAACGUGUCCAGCUCAGCACACAGGCCUGAGUCAUAUGCGAGUUGGGUGUAGGGUAUAAGUGCCUGACUUAUCCCCCCUCCACACCCAUUUAAGAUGUGGCCUCCAUGUGCAUGUUGUUCAGCCGUCACGAACUCGCCAUUCGCGUGUGGCUUUGGAGGUCACUGCACAGAUGGCCCUCAGUCCCCUAUUUAUUAAAAAGCUAAACUAAUACUACUUUACAUGUAGUUCUCAAGUAUAAAUCAGCUGUCAGAGAAGCCCCUCAGUCAGUUGGUACAGUGUACGUAAUUUUAACUAACUUUUUGGAAAGAUGAACAGGUGACUGUAGAUGAAUAGAUAAUCGGGCAGUUACCCCUGGAGGCUCGCUCGCAGAUAGGGGGGGGACACAGAUUUCCAUUUGCAGUAGCUGUUGUAUAGUAGAUGCACCCGCUUAUCCAUUGUGCGAUGACCACUGUUUCACGUGGCUGUGUCCUUUAGUCCUUUGCUCCUCAGAGGGUUCUAGAGCGGCUGGAGCCCCUCCGGGCCAGAGCCCGGACGCCACCUGUCUCAACCGUUCAGAUUUGUGACGCGUUUUGCUUCCAUAUACAUGUAGCUCCCUUUGUCCCGUUUCAGGCAAAACUGACUGAAAGUGUUAGUGUGGGCAGGCAGGACGACCAGCGGGAGGCUGGACCCGUCACAGCGGUGACCCAAGACCUGUUUGUCAAACGAGUAUCUUUCUGCGAGGUGCCGUGUCACUACUUAGCUUUUAUACAUUAGCCUAUACAUGUGUGACUUUGACAUUGCAACUCAAUCAUUGAAAAUGAAAGCAGGGAUGGUUCCUGCAAACUGGAUUAAUUGGCACUUCUAGGUUUCUUGUAAAAGUUUUCUUAAUGAUUAAACUAGUUGACCUGAA